AUGGCACUUCACCUCUGCUUUGUGCAGGUGAAGGCCCAGUCUGUAUUUGUUGACUUCAUCUUUCGCCUGGGCGCACUAUGUGGCCACUGUCCCAAGGUCGCAGCAGAAGCAGAUGUGACAACAAAGGAGCCAAGGGCGCCUCGGGGACCCUGGGAUGUGCAGAGCGAAGAUGGAGAGGAUGAUAAUGAAGAUAACUCAAAUGAUGGGACCCACCCCUCUAAACGAAGGCGAAUGGGCUCAGGAGACAGCUCUAGAAGUUGUGAGACUUCCAGUCAAGAUCUCAGCUUUAGUUACUACCCAGCAGAAAACUUAAUAGAGUACAAAUGGCCACCUGAUGAAACAGGAGAGUACUAUAUGCUUCAGGAACAAGUCAGUGAAUAUCUGGGUGUGACUUCCUUCAAGCGGAAAUAUCCAGAGCGACGAGAUUUAUCUCACAAGGAGAAACUCUACCUGAGAGAAUUAAACGUCAUUACAGAAACACAGUGCACACUAGGUUUAACAGCAUUGCGCAGCGAUGAAGUGAUUGAUUUAAUGAUAAAAGAAUAUCCAGCUAAACACGCUGAAUAUUCUGUUAUUCUACAAGAAAAGGAACGUCAGAGAAUUACAGAUCAUUAUAAAGAGUAUUCUCAAAUGCAACAACAGAAUACUCAGAAAGUUGAAGCCAGCAAAGUACCUGAGUACAUUAAGAAAGCUGCCAAGAAGGCGGCCGAGUUUAACAGCAACUUAAACCGGGAACGCAUGGAAGAAAGAAGAGCGUACUUUGACUUACAGACACAUGUUAUCCAAGUGCCUCAAGGAAAGUACAAAGUGUUGCCAACAGACCGAACAAAGGUCAGUUCUUACCCAGUGGCUCUCAUCCCCGGACAGUUCCAGGAGUAUUAUAAGAGGUACUCACCAGACGAGCUUCGGUACUUGCCGUUAAACACAGCCCUGUAUGAGCCGCCCCUGGACCCAGAGCUCCCGGCACUAGAUAGUGAUGGUGACUCAGAUGAUGGCGAAGAUGGUCGAGGGGAUGAGAAGCGGAAAAAUAAAGGCACUUCGGUAGGACUUUACCUUAACAGGAGUUAUAGCCCUCUUCUACCCUUCCAGCCAAAGGUCAUUCCAAAUGCUCUAUGUGGAAUUUGUCUGAAGGGUAAGGAGUCCAACAAGAAAGGAAAGGCUGAAUCACUUAUACACUGCUCCCAGUGUGAUAACAGUGGCCACCCUUCUUGCUUGGAUAUGACCAUGGAGCUUGUUUCUAUGAUUAAGACCUACCCAUGGCAGUGUAUGGAAUGUAAGACAUGCAUUGUAUGUGGACAGCCCCACCAUGAAGAAGAAAUGAUGUUCUGUGAUGUGUGUGACAGAGGGUAUCAUACUUUUUGUGUGGGCCUUGGUGCUAUUCCAUCAGGUCGCUGGAUUUGUGACUGUUGUCAGCGAGCUCCCCCAACACCCAGGAAAGUGGGCAGAAGGGGAAAAAACAGCAAAGAGGGAUAAAAUAGGUUUCUGACCCUCAUGUUUGGGAAUAUUUGGUGCCAAUUUAUUUACACUUUCAUUUUUAUGCCAAUAAAGAACUUUUUUUGAAAUUAA